AUGAUCCAGAUCCUCAACAAGCAGCACCUCAGAACCUCAGAACCAGAUCCUCAGAACCAGAACCCGAUCCAGCAGAGUUGGUCUUCAGAGUGUAUCUCUGUCCCGUCUGUCUCCUCUGAUCAGACGGCUCAGGACCCUUCAGCCAUUGACAUGUUCAUCACAGGUUCGUCUUUCUUUGAGUGGUUCACGUCGUAUGUCCACAACGUCGUGGCAGGAGAAUAUCCGAUCAUCAGAGACCAGAUCUUCAGGUAUGAGCAUGAGAAAGGCUGUGUGGAGACGACCGGAGACAUCUCGGUCUCUGUUUCUACCUCCUUCCUACCUGAGUUGUCCUCAGUCCACCCACCUCACUUCUUCUUCACCUACCGCAUCAGAAUAGAGAUGUCCAGCAGUGCGUCUCCAGAAGCUUCCUGUCAGCUGGACAGUCGUUACUGGAAGAUCACGACGUCUGAUGGAAACGUGGAGGAGGUUCAGGGUCCCGGCGUGGUCGGAGAGUUUCCCGUCAUGACACCUGGGAAAGUCCACGAGUACGCCAGCUGCACCACCUUCUCCACCCCGACAGAGUUCAUGGAGGGUCACUACACUUUCCACCGGCUGGCCAAUAAAGAGGAAGUGUUCCACGUGGUGAUUCCUCGCUUCCACAUGAUCUGUCCGCCCUUCAGAGAGCCGCUGGUCCGAACGCAGAAGGCGGCGGCGAGUUACUCGUCUCGCUUCGACGACCACGAAGACGACGGCGAGAUCUGCGACGGAGACGGUGACGACUUUGGCGACCUGAGAGGAAUCAACAUGGCCGCCCUGGAGGGGGCGUGGUGCCCCCGACACAUCUGACCUCUGACCUCCACCGUCGUCAGGGAUUCAUUCAUGAGUUAUUAACGGACAGCAAAGGAUUCUGGGAAAGGUAACCAGAGCCGUUUGUGGGACGGAGUCGCGUCGACUUCCAGCUGUGAACGAGCAGUUUUCUAAAAAAAAAAACGUUUUUCUCACGAGGACGAUGACGUCAUCGUCGUGUGACGACUUCCUGUUUCAACGACAAGAAAAGUCGAGUUGUGACGACUUGUUUCUGUAAAAAUAUUUAGAUAUUUCAGAGUAAAAGAUUUGCGUCAGAACUUUUCUCUAAAAGCUCUUUUUUCCACUGCAGAAAAUAUUUAAUCAUCAAUUAAUCUGUGAUUUACUACAUUAAUUAAAGUCUUUGAAUGUCUCGUUUUGACCCAAAGAAAUUCAGUUUAAUAUGAUUUAAAACAGAAGAAAUGAAUCGGUUAUUAAAAUAGAUUAUUUGUUAGUUACAGUUUAGUUUGUGUACAUGAAUCCCGUGUACAUAUUCUGGUUUUCCAGAAGAACAAAGUAAACAUCUGGACGGAUCCAACUGAUCGUCAAAAGAAUGAUGAAUCCUACAGACUUUUAUUUUGAAACUAAAGGGUGGCUGGUGUAGAGUUCCUGCAGUGGAAACCAGUGUGAUGGUGGUUUGUCUUCUGUCCUCUUUAUUAUAUAGAGUGUGACGAUCUAUUAGAAGCUGGGCUUUUAUUUUGAAAAAGAGAGAAGUGUUUCCUUUGCUGUGCUUCAAGUUGUUUUUCUUUUUUCGUCUUCCGUCCGUCACACUCUCGUGUGAUUGGUCGGUUUGUUUUGUAUGUUUUGGGCUAAAUAAAUAACAAAUAUUCAUCA